AUGAAAGACUUAAACUUGGAGAGAAAUGUUUUGAUGAAGUACAUAUAUCCAAAACUCAAAGUUUACUGCCGUGAGAAGUAUGGUUUCGAUUUUUACGCUAUCGACAUGCGCUGGGGUGUGCCAAAUGUUACUCAGCUAGAUCAUCUUGGUCCAAAAACAUGCUAUGAUGAAGUUGAACACUGCAAGUUUCUUUCAAUCGGUCCAACUUUUAUCACUGUACUUGGUCAGCGUUAUGGCGAAUAUGAGAUUCCAUUUACGAUCAACUCAUAUGAGAUGGGACUUAUAAAAGACUGGUCAAAAAAGAUUCAAGGAGUAUCUCCCAAAUGUUUUGAAGCGUUUGAAGAAUGGUAUUUGUGUGACAAAAAUGAUACAAAUCAGGCUUACCAUUUAAAGCCAAUAGUAGAAGUAUUUCAACUGGGAGAUAAUCGAUUUGUAGAGGAUGCAAAACAACGGUGGUAUGAUGAUCGUAAAGCAAUGCACCUUGGUAUUAAUCAAAUAAUUCCAGUGUUGACUGAACAAGGGUUGAUAUCAAGUCAAGAGGCAAUAAAAUACUCUCUUUCAGUUACCGAGCAUGAAAUAAUACUGGGUAUACUUAAUGCAGAAGAUUCAGAUAAGCGAAAAUGCGCAGCAUUUACAAGGACUAUCAAAGAAAUUGAUAAAGUUUUGCAAAGUAGACAAGCAAACAAAUUUCUAGACAUGAAUCACAAUGGGACGUUAGACGAAACACGUUUUGAACAGAUAAAUGAUCUAAGAAAUAUCACUUUAGCUUCUGUUUUAAAAGAGAACAAUAUCCGCAAUUAUGAAAUACCAUGGUCAGCGAUUGAAAACGAUGGUUUAGAACGCACGUUAUAUCUACGAAAAUUUGGUAUGGAUUUUGAGAGUAAAACAAUUUCACUCAUUGAUAAAGCAGUUUCAGAAAUGUCAAAUUUUGAAAAUGAUGACUUGUAUGUAGAGGUUUUGCAACAUUUAAACCAUUGUAAUGAAUUUGUUCAAGAAUUUCAUGGUCGUAGUGAUGUAUUAGAAGUCGUAAAACGAUAUAUUCAGGGCGAUUCUUCAGAUCCUUUUGUAAUAUAUGGUCAGUCCGGUAGUGGGAAAACAUCUGUAAUGGCUAAACUUGCAGUAACAGCAAGAGAUUGGAUAAAUGAAAUCAGUAAUUCCAUAAGGCAUACUAUCAGCUUUAAUCAGUUCCGUAUUCGAUCAAAACAUGCCAAAAAUAACAAAACAAACGUGGAAGAAAAAGAAUUAAAUUCAAAUCUUGUACCAAAUAAUCCUAUAUUAUUUAAUCCUAUUGAUUCAGUCAUAGUAAUAAUACGUUUUUUAGGGACAAGUCCAGGUACCUCAACAUUACGUCAAACAUUAAAAUAUACUUGCAGACAACUUGUUGCAAAUAUUAAUAGUAUUGGAAGUAUGAGUAAUUCAGAAGCAUUUACAUUUAUUGAUCCGGAAGUUAUUCGAUCACAAGAUGAUUUUCAGUCUAUUCUUAAUACAUUUUACGAUCUAUUAAUUCAACUUUCAAAUAUGCAAAGACAUGUAUUAAUUUUUUUUGAUGCCAUUGAUCAACUUGAGCCUUCGGAUGGUGCAUAUUUUCUUGGUUGGAUACGAGUUCCUUUGCCUAGAUAUGUUAAAUUAAUCAUUUCAACAUUACCAGAUAUUGGAGGAAUAUUAGAUAAUUUUCGAUCAAAUUUUCUGUCUCAUAAUCCUUCAUCUUCUUUACCCAUACAUCUACAAAAUUCAAAUGAUUUAGAAAACAAUGUUCCAGAUUCUUUACCUUAUCCGAAUUUCAUUGAAGUUGAAGUACUUGAUGAUAGUAUGUGUGAACAAUUAUUAAAAACAAGAUUAGCUUCUAAUGGAAGAUGUUUGCAACCAUUUCAAUGGAAGUUAGUUAAAAGAGCACUAUCACAUUGUCAUUUAACAUUAUUUAUUGUUCUUGUAGAACGCGUAGUAAGUCAAUGGAAAUCAUGGCAUCAACCUGAUUAUAUUUUAAAAAAUACAGAUGAUCAAAUUAAUGCGAAUACACCAUGUACAGAAGAAGAAGCUGAAUUAGCAGUUAAACAAUGGCCUAAUUUAGAACUAGCUUUAACUGUUAGAGGAGCGAUUGUACAAUUCUUCGAGUCGUUAGAACAUACACAUGGUAAAUUAUUGACUUCUCACGCAAUAUCCUAUAUCACAGCCUCACGUCGGGGUUUAAGUGAGGCAGAAAUUGUGGAUUUGUUAUCUCUCGACGAUGAAGUUCUUCGAGAUGUUUUUGAACAUCAUUUGCCACCACAAGUCCGAGCCCCUCCAUUUGUUUGGACAAGACUUCGAAACGCAUUGGGAUCAAAUUUGGCUGAACGUGAGGCUGAUGGAAUAGUAGUUUUAUUUUGGUAUCACCGUCAGUUUAUUGAAGCAGCACAAGACUGUUAUCUGUCUGACAUUAAUCAUAGACGAAAAAUCCAUUCAAACAUUGCAGACUACUUUUUGGGUAAAUGGGCAGGAGUGAAAAAGACAUUUUAUUAUCCAAAGUAUCUUGCAGCUAAAUUGAAACUUCCACCAUCUAGUAACGAAGACAGAAUGGUGCCACCACAACCAUAUGUAUUCGAGGAAUCUCAAAUAAGUGGCAAGAAGAAACUGCUCUUAAAUUUAAGAAAGUUAAAUGAGCUACCAUGGCAUUUAUGUCAUUCAGGUCGAUUUGAAGAAUUUUACUCAGAGAUAAUGUUUAAUUAUGAAUUUUUAUACAACAAAUUACGUGGUACCUCUAGGUCUCAAUUACUCAUGGAUCUACAACUUCCAAUAGAAGCAUAUCGUAUAUUACAAAUAGAACAACUUCUUUCAUCAUGCACUCAACUAGGUCGAUUGUCUACAAAUGAUAUUCGGGCCAAGCUAGGUGGAUUGAAUUCUGCACUAUUCACCAAUCAUUCAUCACUACUACCUGCGUCUGAUACCUCAACCAAUGCUAGUAACCUUUCUGCAAUUUAUAAUACCGAUAUGCAGUCACCGGCUUAUUUAAGACCUCCUCCACCAGAAGCUUUCAAAGUAUACAAUUGUAUACGUAUUGCUGCUCUAAGUUUAGACUAUCAACCAUCUAGUUUACCCAUUGACAUUUUAGGACGUCUAACAAAAAUUUAUCAACCACCAUCAUAUUUACGUCGUACGCGCAGGCGUUUAUCAACAUAUAUCUCUUCAGGAUCCCGUCGUAGUGUAUCCAUGUUAAAUCCAAAACGUGAAUUAAUUCAUAGACGUCGAGUGACUGAAACAGAAAAACCUGUAAAUAUCUACAAAGAUUUAUUAGAAAAACUCUUAGUUCAAUCAAGAUAUCUUGGUUGCAAACAAUGCGCUUUACUACCACGUACAACAUGUUUUGACUCAGGCAGUGGUUUAUUACAUACAACCUUUGAUAUUGGACUAGGUAUCGGACGUUUAAUGUCUAAUAAUUUAAUUUUAGCAGUCGCUUUAAAUGGUAAAUCAGUUAGUUGGUAUGAUUUAGAUGGUAACUUAGUAAAAACCAUAAGUCUACCUGAAGUCAAUUUAUUUUCAAUGAAAUUUUUAUUAGCUUCACAUGGUGCUCCAGAUCCUAUAUCAAUAUGUGCACUACCAGUUAAUAAAUCACCAGAACUUAAUAAUACUAACCGUCAUUCUGAAGAUAUAAAAUAUAAAGAUAAUCGUUUAAUAUCAGUUGCAAAAAUUGAUUACUUCUCUGGUCGUGUAACAACUUUAUCUACAUUAGAUGAACAAUGGUCUGAUAUAUUUAGUAUGCCAUCACUUAUAUUAUUAACUAAUCAAUGGAUUGGAUCAUUAAUUGAUACAACUUUUCAUUUGGGUUAUUUACCAAAAAAACAAAUGAUUAUUAAUGGUUAUACAAUUGAAAGUCAUUCAUUUUAUCAUUCAAAUUUAUUAAAUAUUAUUAGUUUUACUUUAACUGAUUUUGGUGCAUUUUUAAUUGAUAUAAAAGAACAUAGUGUAGUAUUUGUAUCUAUUUCAAAUGAUUUAACUAUUCAUAGUACAAUUAAAUUACAAUCAGAUAUUAUUAUAUGUUUUUGUUUUACAACUCAUCAUGAAUGUGAAUUAAAAUUUUAUGAAAUUAAACAAAUAAAAAAUGAUAAUUUAAAUGAAAGGAAUAUAUCUUUUUUAAAUGAUAUAAAUGGUAUAAAUUUUCAUGGACUUAUUAUAUAUGAAAGUUAUUUAAAGAAUACAAUUAGUUUAAAUAUAGUUCAAGCUAAUCGAUUUCUUAAUUGUUCAACACAUUUAAGUUAUUCUAAUCAAUUAGUUGCAUAUUUAUUUAAUACACGUCGUAAAACUGCUGAAGAUUUUGGUAUAAUAUGGGAUCAAAGAUAUGAAACUUGUAUUAAUUUACAAUUACCAUUUAAUGUUCAACAAGAUAAUUUAAAUAAUGAUGAAGUUAAUUUAACAAAAGAAAUGUUAAAUUACACAUUCUCAUUCGGGAAAGGUGUUUCAGCUAUAUUUAGUUAUGAGAAUGAUCUUUUGUUCACCACUGGAAGAGAAUGUUUUUUACUAGUUUGGAGCACUAUGACUGGGCAUAUAUUAAAAAUUAUAGCACAUGGUUGUGCAGAAGGCAUUCUUUCAGGUUUGUCAGUACCUAGUCUGGACACAGAUCUUGGAAUGACCACAACAACCUCAAUAAAAGGAACAACGAAUUCAUCAAUGACUGGUUCUGUACUUGUGAUAUGUCAUUUUCCAGAUACAACCACACCACAAUACAGUGAAUCACCUGACCAAGCAAUGUUUAUCAUGUGUAAAAUAUUCAAUGUCAAAUCUUUGCGUAAACCAGAUAAACAAUUAGCCGUAUUGGGUAGUCAACUUUUUUAUGCAGACGAUAAUCAGAAUACAAAUUUGAAUAUUGAAGAAAUCGCAACUGGUGGUCCGUUGGUUUAUUGGUCAGCUAACAUGUCUAUCGAAUAUGUUUAUGAAGAUGGUUUAUCAACGCUUGUUCUAGUCACUCAAAGAAAAGAAGAACGAAAUAAUGUGGACAACUUGAUAUUAUAUGAUCUAGAUGAAGAUUCUACUAAUCCAAUCUAUUCCUGGUCUGAUAAUGAAGUCAAUGCAAAAUCAAUAGAUACUUUUUUAACAACACAACAACUUGUAGACUGGGCCACUACAAUAACUGAUAUCAAGAGUAUGGGUACUGGUGAUAAAUGCCUUAGUUAUACUCAAGAUAUUUCAGUUUUUCUUCAUAAAACGGCUACAAAAAUUAAUACGUUAACAAUAUUUAAUCAAAAUCAGCUGUUAGAUAGUUACACUUAUCUAGAUCCUAUUCAUAUGAAGGAUUAUCUACCUAAUCUUUAUGUGCCUACAUCUAACGGUCUUAUUAGUAGUUUUGGUUUAAUUCAAUCUAAAUAUGGAAUGCUAACAUUGAUAAAACCAUCGUUCGAUAACGAAACACCUUCAUUAUUAGUUAAAGUUUUAAUAUCUUCAGUCGAUAUGCACAAUAACAUGUACGAAUUUAAAAGUUUAUGGGGUGAACAACCUCGAGAGAUCAGUUUAAUUCAAGCUUACCAGUUAACCAAAACAGCUGGUAAAAUUUUAUUAGAUAAACGUGAUUUACAGAUAAUUUCUUUGAAUUUAUUAACAUACCGACCGAGUUAUCCUAACCAUAUAAUUAUUGGUUUGAAUGAAUCACAUAAAACAUUAUAUCCUGUUACUCGGUGUGAUGGGAGAACAGUUGUUUGGUUAGGUGUUAUUGUGAUUGUAGACCUUGGGUAUCCACAUGAAGAUGGAUGUAUGGAUAAGAAUGUCGAUAAUUACCCACAGAUAUUACAUACAAUUCUACUUGAUUAUGGUCCGAAUUUAAUAUUAUUCUCAGAUGGUAUGACGGCUAUUAAUUAUCGAUUAAACAUGUAUAAUAUUGUAACUGGAAAUCGAAAGUAUGGAUCAGAAACUAGUGAAAUUGAUAAAUUUUUACAGAAAAUGAAUUCUGGUCAUUUCAAUUUGUCGACUGAAAACGUCAGUGAUAAUGAUGAGACAAGUAGCAUUUUGAAUACUGAACAAGCCGUUGGAGAACUGGUAACAGAAAAACAACUUGGAAAUCAUAUUGUCAGUAAAUCAUCAAAUGAAGAGAAUAUAUUUAUCCAGUCGAUUGUGUUAGCGUCAGAUGGAAAGUUAUUGAUUGGCAAAAGACAUCAUCCUGAACAGAAAAUUCAUUUAGAUCUAGCUGGCGAAUCAUCUUCUGAGAGUUACGAUUCCGAUGAUUCAGAAACUGAUUAUGGUGCAUCACCAGCUAGAUGUUUGGUUGCUUAUGAAAUAUCAUCAGCACAAACAGAAGUAUCAUCACCACUGUCGUCUUUAUCAACUGGCGUAAUAAGUGAUAUUCAGUUGAAUCUUGUAACGGAAUACAUGUUUGAAAAUGAGCCAUAUAUGCUAUGGUUAUCUAGAGAUACGAAAACGUUAAUUGCAGUCACACCAAAUGAAUACCUUAGAGGAUUUGAUUUGGGUCUACAUCAAGAUGGAGAACGUAAUUUAGGGCUAUUGGAGUUUGUGAACACGGAAGACCAAAUAUAUGAAAAAAUUGAUGAAGAGGUAGACUGGAUAGAUGGUUCACUUGAUAAACUCACUGAAGAUGAGAAGAAGAUGAAAAUGUUGGAUUAUUUUGAAGAAUCGGGUUUAACUGAAAUGAUGAAGAAGGCCAUGUUUGAUGUUGUGGAUAAAAGACCAACUGAUCCAAUAUCAUCUAUUGCUAAAAGUCUUUUAAAACAGCAUCAUUCACAAAACAAUUAA